AUGGGAGGAAGUAGCAACUCACAGUGGAAUUUUCGGACUUGGCGAAAGCGUACUUGGGCCAUCAUUGCGACUGUUCUAAUUGCUAUUAUCAUCGCAGCUGUCGUCGCUGGUGUUUUGGUCUCCAAAGCAAACCGCUAUCCCGACUACAGCAAGCUCAGCUACAGCUUGAAAGACACCUACUCUGGAGAGACCUUCUUCGAUCAAUUUGAUUAUUAUGAGGGGUACGACCCGACAGAGGGUUUCGUUCACUAUGUUCCGCAAACAACAGCAGAGUCACUCAACCUGACUUAUGCCUCAAGCGACUCGGCCAUCUUGAGAGUUGAUACAUCGGUCGGAAACACCUCAGAGCCAGAUGCCUCAACUGGGCGUUUCUCUGUGCGUAUUACAUCCAAGACGCAGUACGACAAUGGCCUUUUCGUCUUCGACAUCAAGCACACUCCCUACGGCUGCGGAACUUGGCCAGCUCUCUGGCUUACUGACCCCGAUAACUGGCCGACCAACGGUGAAAUUGACGUCAUGGAAGCUGUCAACUUGGCCACGGACGGCAACCAGAUGACCCUCCACACCAGCGACAACUGCGCGAUGAACGUUAAGAGGAAGGAGACCGGCACGGUCCUAACCAAAAACUGUUACAAUGGAACCAGCGACAACGCCGGCUGUGGUGUGAGAGGCAGUGACUCUAGCUACGGCACUGAGUAUAACAGUGCCGGCGGCGGCAUUAUGGCGCUCGAGUGGCGAGACGCUGGUAUCCGCAUGUGGCAGUUUGCCCGAGGGUCGGUACCCUCCGACAUCACCAACGACAGUCCGGAUCCCAGUACUUGGGGUACGGCAACUGCCGACUUCCCCAACACGGAUUGCUCUAUCAGCUCGCACUUCAAGAACCAAAGCAUCAUUGCUAAUAUCGACCUUUGCGGCACUUGGGCUGGAAGCGAGAGUAUCUAUGGGGAGAGCGGCUGCCCGAGCAGCUGCACCGAUUUCGUUGCCAACUAUCCGCAGAACUUUACCAACGCGUAUUGGGAGUUUGGAUCGUUCAAAGUCUACUCUGCCUCGUGA